AUGGCUCCGAAAGUGAAGAAGGAAACUCCUGCCCCUCUCAAAGCUGAAGCCAAAGCAAAGGCCCUGAAAGCCAAGAAGGCCGUGUUGAAAGGCGUCCACAGCCACAAGAAGAAAAAGAACCACACGUCACUCACCUUUCAGCGACCCAAGACACUGUGCCCCGGGAGGCAGCCUAAAUUCCCUCGGAAGAGCACCCCCAGGAGAAACAAGCUUGACCACUAUGCCAUCAUCAACUUCCCCCUGACCACUGAGUCGGGGAAGAAGAUAGAAGACAACAACACCCUGGUGUUCACUGUGGACGUCCAGGCUAACGAGCACCAGAUCGAACAGGCUGUGAAGAAACUCUAUGACACUGAUGUAGCCAAAGUCAACACCCUGAUCAGGCCUGAUGGAGAGAAGGCCUAUGUUCGGCUGGCUCAUGAUUAUGAUGCUUUGAAUGUUGCCAACAAAAUUGGGAUUAUCUAA